CCCAGCCGGCAAUUUAUCUGCUGCCGACGUCGCUGCCGCGCUGCGCGCCCAACGCUGUCUGCUUUCAGUUUCCUUGCCUUUUUGCUUGCUUCACUCAGUACAGUUGAAGUCGGCGAAGAAACGUGGAAGCUCGAAGCUUAUAGCAAAUUAAUUUAGUAACUUACUACUUACACACAACAACACAAAAGAAAAUGGCCGACAAACCAAAACGUCCGCUCUCCGCUUACAUGCUGUGGCUGAACAGCGCUCGCGAGUCGAUCAAACGCGAAAGUCCCGGCAUCAAAGUUACCGAAGUGGCCAAGCGCGGUGGUGAAUUAUGGAGGGCAAUGAAGGAUAAGUCGGAGUGGGAGGCAAAGGCAGCUAAGGCUAAGGAUGAUUACGAUCGCGCCGUCAAGGAUUUUGAGGCCAACGGCGGCAGCAGUGCUCCUGCUAAUGGCGGUGCCAAGAAACGUUCAAAACCUGCGAAAAAACCAGCGAAAAAAAGCAAAAAGGAAGAUUCUGACGACGACGAUGACGAUGAAAGCGAGUAAGGGAUCGCUUCACAGGGGUCAUAAUAGAAACCACAAGAACAUCAUCAGUGGACCUGUCAGUCAGCCAAUCGCAUUUCGUCUAAACUCCACCCACCACCACCACCACCCCCCUACACUCCACAUGCACCCAAAACAUAAAAUAAAAAACAAAAAACCAUAGCAUAGAAAUACAAAGACCCCCCCAAUAUUAAGAAACCGUUGAACAGGAAAGUUGCCGUCGAAAAAACGCGACUGUUGAAAAAAGUACCAACACGAACAUAUGCAAAAUUGUAUUUAUACAUAAGAAUUUAAGUUUAUAGUAGGCGUUUCUUUUAGUAUACACAUCUUUACGAGAGAGGACAAAACAGUUUUUAAGUCGAGCUCAAGGCGCGGAAUUCUUCCUGUCGCCUACAAAGAAAACAAUUUAAGAAGACGGCAAAAAACAUUGAUCAAUUUGUAUAUCUUGCAUAAAAAUUUGUAAAUUAAACGAUAACGUAAUUCCAUUAUAAAUAAAAACAACAAAAAAUCGAAAA